AUGUCUGCCCUCAUUGACGCCGCCACCAUACGGCACAGCUUCAUAGAGGAGGUCUCCGACCCAAAGCCUGCUCAUCCCCGUCCUCUUCCUACAGAAGAAAGAGAUGUGGUCGAACAACGACAGCAGGAGCUCUCCUCUCUGUCACAAGCAGAAAGCAGCCAUGCUCCAAUUUCAAAAGAGCACUCGCCUGAAUUAGUCGCUGCAAACGAUGUCGACCGUGCAGUCAAUGCCGCCUCACCGCUACAGACAGAGCCCACAGAGACAAUGCGCCGGAUUUUCGAUGUGGCCCCGCUGAAUGUCAUGAAUAAGUCUCGUCGGACGGCCAUCACGGUCCUAAUCAUCGUGAGCAAUCUUAUUCAGAUGGUUGCGAACUUUGUCGGGAUUGGCGGUGGCCUACGACUGAGUGAGUUGCUGAGUGCGAAAGGGACGCAAGCGACGUGGAUUGCGGCGUCGUAUGGUCUCACCCAGGGCACAUUCGUCCUGAUCAGCGGCCGAAUGGGCGCCGUGUACGGACACAAAAACAUGCUGCUGGCCGGAGGUGUUUGGCUGGCUGUCUGCACCCUCGCCUGUGGAUUCUGCAACAACUUCAUCUCAUUUGCGGCGCUGCGAGCCCUGUCCGGGAUUGGGGGCGCGUUCAUUUUGCCCAACGCAGUCGCCAUGCUCGCCAUCACGAAUCCGCCGGGUCGGGCGAGGAAUCUGAGCUUGGGCUUUUUCAGCGCGUCUGCACCGCUGGGUGGGUAUCUCGGGGCAGUACUGCUAGGGGCUUUCGUCGACAACGGUGCAUGGAGGUGGCUUUUCAUUUUCAUAGCUAUUCUUUCCGCGCUUAAUAUCACCGCCUUGUGGGCUCUUCUCCCCCGCGAGGUACCUGUCGAUCGAGGGGGGAAGAUCGACUGGAUCGGUGCUGGUCUAGGAACCGGCGCGUUAAUCGUGUUCAAUUUUGUGUGGAAUCAAGCACCCGGCGUGGGCUGGUCCACGCCAUACGAGAUUGCCCUGCUGAUCGUGUCCAUCCUGCUCUUCGUCUCCUUUGCUGUCUGGGAGCGCUAUAUUCCACAUCCCAUCAUGCCACUGGACAUCUUCCAGGCGCCGUCGUUUGCCGCGCUGAUCCUCGUCUCACUGCUGAACUACAUGGCUGUUGGCACGCUCAACUGGUACCAGACGGUCUGGCUGCAGAAGAUCUGGCACUACUCGCUGCUUCAGUUCGCGGUGGCUUGGUCGCCGUUUGUCCUGUUCGGCACCAUCGCCGCGUGUCUGGCAGGAUGGCUGAUUCCACGGCUGGCAGCGCAGUGGAUUCUGGCCAUCGGUACCGUUACCAUCCUUGCAUCUAACUUGCUGAUGGCGACGAUGCCCGCGCAACAGCAUCGGUAUCUGUAUUGGACGAACGUCUUUCCAUCGGUUAUCUUGUUUGCCUUCUGUCCAGACCUGGUGUACACAGCCGCGCAAAUCAUCGCAAGCAACUCCGUGCGACGGCACCAGCAGGGCGUCGCGGGUUCUUUAAUCGGCACGCUAAAUCUAUACGGCACCAGUCUUGGCCUGGGAUUUGCGUCCACGGUCGAAACCCAAGUUGGCCGAGGGGGUUCCGACCCGGUCAGGGGGUACAAAGCGGCGUUGUUUUUUGCAGCGGGCAUCAGUGCGGUGGCGCUGGUGCUAGAUGUCUUCUUCGUCAGGCUCGUCAAGGAUGAGCGCGAGGGAUGGGCAGACGAGAACGAUGCUGAUCCGGCUGAUGCAGUCGAGUUGACGUCGACGUUGGCACCUCAGACCCAGGCGGCGACGACGGCCACGGAGUUGGGAUCGGUUUCGCAGCGGUAG